AUGCGGAAAGGAGAUGUAAGAGCCAAUGACCAGAAGAACCAAGCCAUAGCCCUCAUGGAACAGGCCGAGUGUGAUAUCACUCAAGCUUGUGGAUAUGCAGAGUGGACGAAAUUACAACAGGUAUUAGCUCCUCAGUAUCGACUGAAAAUAUUUCAGUUCAAGUCUACUUCGACUAAACUCACCUUAGAGCGCAUCUUCAAAGGCUGGGGAGACGGAACUUGUUUGAACAUUUUGUUAGACGACCAUCAUUACGAUGCCAUCAUAUCCAUGCCGGGAGUAACGGGGAACCAAUAUUACUGUGAUCAUUGCGACGUGGGGUACAUGAAUGUCACAGAACAUCGCUCCAAAUGCCCUCAUCGCUGUACCUUUUGUUUAGGACAUCACCCUAAUUGUCCCGAUGAAGGGAUCAAGAUUAAAUGCCAGGAAUGCCAUGGAAUGUUUAAGAACAGGACCUGCUACGAAAAUCAUUUAAAACCCCAUAGUAAGAAGACCACCACUACUGUCUGCAAUUUAAUGGAACAAUGCGAGAAGUGUCAGUCUUGGAUACCUAAGAAAUUAUUCCCUCAUCACAAGUGCGGAGGACAGAAACAGUGUAAGAUCUGUAAGAAAAUCGUCGAUACCGAUCAUCAGUGCUACGUACAACAGAAGCUUCAGAAGAAGAAGAAGGGGAAAGGGACCUUAGAGUUUUACAUCUAUUUCGAUUUCGAAUGCACUCAGGAAACCGGCAUUCACAUCCCUAAUCUUUUCUUACCGUUUGCAUUAGCCAAGAUGCCCUCCGCUUUCGGAUUCGACGAAUUGAAGAAAGGCUAUUUCCCCCACUUUUUCAAUACGGAACAGAACCAGAAUUACGUAGGACCUUAUCCACCGGCAGCUUUCUACAAACCGGACGAAAUGUCUACCAGUGGACGAAAAGCUUUUUUUGAAUGGUACGACCAACAGAGGGGGAAAGUGUUUGAUUUCCUGAAAGAGUUUGUAGGGUAUUGUGUCUCGGACGUCGACAUUUUACGCCGAUGCUGUGCAAAGUUUAGAGCCACCCUCAAGAGUUUGGUCAAUGUGGACCCUUUCCAGGAAUCCAUCACUUUUGCCAGUGCUGCUAAUUUAGCCUACCGUCGACAAUUCAUGCCUGAAGACACCAUUGCCAUCAUUCCGAACCUCGGGUAUCAACCGGCACGACAAUAUUCUGCUAAAGCCUUUCGGUGGCUCACCUGGAUGAGUCAACAGACUGGAUGUCACAUACAACAUGCCAGAAACGGAGGCGAAGUCCAGAUCGGAAAUUAUACCGUCGACGGAUACCAGGAAGCGACUCGCACCGUCUACGAAUUUUACGGGUGCUAUUGGCACGGAUGCCCCACCUGCUAUCCCAGUUUACAAACCGAAACUCAUCCUCAUCGGACCCAAUUUACUUACCAGCAAUUACACGAAGAAACCCUCAGAAGGACUGGCGAUUUAGAAGACAUGGGGUAUACCGUUCGUGAUAUCUGCGAGCACGAUUUCGAUCAGCAAGUGCAAAAAGAUGAGAGUUUACAGCAAUUUGUAGGAAACCUGGACAUUCCGGAUCCUUUGAAACCUCGAGAAACCCUGUACGGAGGUCGGACCAAUGCUACCCGAUUAUAUUGUGAGGAAGGGGACAUGAGAUACGUGGACGUCUGUUCCCUAUACCCUUACGUGUUGAAACACAGACCAUUUCCCGUAGGGCAUCCCGAGAUCAUCACAGACGAGUUCCAGGACGUGAGAAAUUAUUUCGGUCUCAUUCACUGUCGGGUCUUACCUCCCCGAGACCUCUAUCACCCCGUAUUACCUUAUCGGACGGGAGGCAAGUUAUUAUUUCCCUUAUGUCGCACGUGUGCCGAACGACAGGACUCUACGUCUCAAGAUCGAUGUCCACACACCGACCAGGAACGUAGUCUCACAGGUACUUGGGUGACGACCGAAUUACAUAAAGCCCUAGACAUGGGAUAUACCUUAGAUCGAAUCUACGAAGUAUGGCAUUUUAAAGAAAGCAGUCAGGAUUUAUUCAGAUCUUACAUCGAUACCUUCCUCAAGAUCAAACAGGAAGCGUCCGGAUUUCCCCCCGACUGUAAGACCUCAGAACAAGAACAAGAUUACAUAUAUCAAGUCUUCGACAAAACAGGCAUCCGAAUGGACAUUCUCAGUAUCGAGAAGAAUCCAGUGAGAAGAACCAUUGCUAAACUCUUUUUAAAUUGUCUGUGGGGAAAAUUUGCUCAACGGUUGUUAUUACCCAAAACCAGAUACUUGGACGAAGAAGAGGAAUUACAGCAACUCUUACAAGAUUCGACUCUCGACAUCAAGGGCGUGCAACUCUUAGUCAAUAAAGAGAACCCCAAUGAAGACAAGAUGCUAGUGAAUUAUCAAGACAAACAGGAAUUCGUCGAAGAAUGUCCCUUUGGAAACGUGGUCCUGGCUUGUUUUACUACCGCGCAUGCCCGCUUACACUUCUACGAGACUUUACAACCUUUAGGAGAUCGGGUCCUUUAUUUCGAUACGGACAGUAUCAUUUACCAACAUCGGGAAGGAGCCUUUAAUCCUACCUUGGGUCAUAGUUUAGGAGAAUGGACCGACGAAUUAGACGGGGAUCACAUCACCAAAUUCAUGUCGGCAGGUCCUAAAAAUUAUGGUUUUCGGACGGACAAAGGAACCGAGACCCUUAAAUGCAAAGGAAUCACUCUCAACCAUCGUACCUCCCAGAUCGUGUGCCCAGAGACUUUAGAAAAAAUGCUCAAAGGAGAAAUAGAGGAAGUCACAGUCCCUUAUCCCGACAAAAUCCAGAGGACUCGUGAUCAUGAGCUCGUGAACAAACCAUUAGAGAAAAAGUAUAGAAUUGUAUAUGAUAAGAGACAAUUGUUACCUUCUUAUAACACUUUACCUUAUGGUUAUUGA